AAAAAUUAAUCAUUCAUCUGGUUGAAUUUUGGUGGUGAAUCAAUUAUAAUUAACUCGUUAUAAUAAAAAUGGCUUCCGACGCGCAAUUGGAGAAGAUGAAAAUGAGGCAAAGCUAUCACAAUAAUUGGACUGUCGAACUCAUGCAAACUCUUUCCGUUAAUCCUGCUUAUUGUUGUUAUGCAGCUUGGUGUGCACCAUGUGCAUCUUACAUGCUUCGCAAACGAGCCUUGUAUGGUGAUAUGAGAAGAUACACAUGUUGUGGUGGAUAUAUGCCCUGUAGUGGCAAAUGUGGAGAGCAAAAAUGUCCUGAAUUUUGUCUUUGUACUGAGGUUGUAUGCUGUUUCUCAAAUUCUGUUGCCUCAACGCGCUUCAUGUUGCAAGACGAGUUCAACAUUCACACUACAAAAUGCGAUAACUGCAUAAUUGGAUUCAUGUUCUUCCUCCAGUAUUUUGCAUGCUUAUGUUCAAUAGUUGCUUGCUUAACUGGAAGCGAAGAACUCAAUGACCUUUCACAAUGCUUGAACUGUUUAUCGGAUACUGUUAUGUGCACGGUUUGUGCAUGUAUGCAGACGCAGCAUAAGCUAGAGUUAGAUAAAAGAGAUGGCAUCAUUAGCGCGUUUCCUAUAAUGGCAGUCCCUCCUGUACAGCAGAUGUCACGCAUGGAUCCCAGGGCUCAUCCCCCAUCAGUUGCUGGGAAUCCUCAGAUCGCUGUUGCAUAUGGUUAUCCUGCCCGUUAGUUUAAGGCUAGUUA